CUGGCCGAUCUCUAGCUAUAUCUUCAAGAAUUACCCAUGAUCAACACCUCACCCAGAAUCAAUACACCAUUCCGCUCCAAGGGUCUAGGCUUCCAUAGCCCCCCUCACCCUUACAGAAUACUCCACACUUUUCCAUCCUAGAACCUGGAUUACACACUUCAAGCUUCUAUAGACCCCUUCACCCCUUUAUCUUUCAUAUAAUUCCCUUGCCUGUCGUAAAAAAAAAACUCGCCUCCUCGUAAUACGGCAUUGCCAGCCCGCACACCCGUGUGGCUCUAAUUCUCCACUGUAAAUUACGUAAGCGCAUUUCCCCACGUUGCCAACCUCUUUCGCCACCUACACAUCUCAAUGCUAUAUAUAUCGCUAUUUGUCGCCUCAAUUGCCCUUCUCAUCCAAUUCCUCACCAAACAAACCAUGUCCUUCCCAGCUCCCCCACAGGCGCCACCGGUGUGGAACCACACCGCCGAGCAGAUCCUCGCGGAAGCCGACCAGCUCAUCGCUGCCAACACCCAGUUGUACGACACCAUUGCCGCUAUCACCGAGCCUACUUUCGAGAACGUGUUUGCGCCGUUUGUCAAGGCCGAGAACGAGGAGCGUGGCCCAGAGUCUAUCAUCACGUUCUACCAGCAAGUGUCCACCGACAAGGCCAUCCGCGACGCCUCCACACAGGCGGAGGAGAAGUUGCAGCAAGCAGGCAUUGAGGCAUCUUCCAGAAUCGACGUGUACCGGGUUUGGGAAAAGUUGAACGCAAAUGCAGCGUUCCAGGCGAAGUUGGACGAUGAAAGCAAGCGCUUGUUGAAGAAGGUCAUGACGACUUACAAGCGCGACGGGUUGUCGCUUCCAGAGGCGGCCCGGAAGGAAGUAAAGGACUUGAAGAAGAAAUACAGCAACUUGACGCUCCUGUUCAACAAGAACUGUAACGAGGAGUUGGGGUUCUUGUUGUUCACGCGUGCGGAGUUGGACGGUGUCCCAGCGGACGUUGUGGACGGGUUCCCCGCCGAGGGCGAUAAGGUCAAGAUGACCUACAAGUACCCGGAUGUGCUUCCGGUGUUGAAGUACGCCACGUCCGAGGAGACCAGAAAGCGGGCCUUCCUCGGGAACCAGAACAAGCUUCCAGCCAACGAAAAGCUCCUUGCGGAGAUCAUCGCGGUGAGAGCGGAGUUGGCGCAGAAGCUAGGCUACGAAACCUUUUCCGACUAUGUGUUGGAGGAACGGAUGGCCAAGACCAAGGAAAACGUGUUGAGCUUCUUGGGCGACUUGAAGGGCAAGUUGAAGAGCGGCGGGGAGGCGGAAAUUGCGGAGUUGUUGAAGUUGAAGAACGCGCAUCUCAAGGCACGUGGCUUGCCGGAAUCGACCCAUUACUACAUUUGGGACCAUUCGUACUACUCAAACUUGAUGAUCGAGCAGCAGUACCUGAUUGACGACCAGAAGAUCUCCGAGUACUUUCCUAUUCAGUCGGUAGUGCCUAAGAUCUUGCAUCUCUAUGAAACCUUGUUUAACUUGAAGUUCAUUCAGGUGGACGAGAACCGAUCUGUGUGGCACGAGGACGUGAUCCAGUUUUCCGUCUGGAAGUUAGACAACGCGGAGCCUGAGUUCGUGGGUUGGGUUUACUUCGACAUGCACCCAAGAGACGGCAAGUAUGGCCACGCCUGCAACAUCUCCAUCGUUCCGGGCUACACCAAGGCAGAUGGCAGCGCCAACUACCCUGUGACCGUGGUUCUCUGCAACUUCUCCAAGCCCACCAAGGAUAAGCCAGCAUUGCUCAAGCACAGCGAAGUAAACACCUUGUUGCACGAGGUCGGCCACGCGAUCCACGACUUAAUGGGCAAGACCCAGCACUCCCGCUUCCACGGCACGGGUGUCUCGUGGGACUUUGUGGAGGCGCCAUCGCAGAUGUUGGAGUACUGGACGUGGUCGCCAAGCGAGUUAAAGUCCUUAUCCGCGCACUACGUGACGGGAGAGCCCAUCACGGACGAUUUGGUCGCGUCCUUGAUCAAGACCAAGCACGUCAACGGCGGCUUGGCUGGCUUGAGGCAGUUGCACUUUGCCUUGUUUGACAUGACGUUGCACACCGUCAAGAGUGCCGAAGAGGCUACUGCCUUGGACUUGGAUGCCUUGUGGAACGACAUGAGAGAGGAGAUUUCGCUUUUCGAGAACGGUGAUACGGUCAGCAAGGGCUACGGUUCCUUCAACCACAUCGGAGGUGGGGGCUACGCCUCGGGCUACUACGGCUACUUGUACUCUGAGGUGUUUGCGGCAGACAUUUACUACACCUUGUUCAAGGCGGAUCCGAUGAACGUGGCCAAUGGGAUCAGAUACAGAGAUACGAUCUUGCGCAGAGGUGGCUCCCGGGACGAGAUGGACAACUUGGUGGAGUUAUUGGGCAGAGCCCCUAACUCUGCUGCGUUCUUGACCGAAAUGGGGGUUGCCAACUAAAAACUAGAAUAGAUUGGUUAUUCAUUAAUCGGGCGAUUAUAACUCUGACAGCUCGUAAAAUCGUAUGAGGUUAAAAAUAUGUGU